UCCGCGUGCGCCAAAUGCUCCAAACCUCUCGAAGUCGAAGUCGAGCGCUACGACGAUGAAGACUCCGCAGAAGACACCAGCAUGACCGACGACACACCCCACACCGUGCCCGACGAUGUCACACUCUCCUGCGGCGACCACCUCCACUGGGAAUGCCUGAUCGAAGCAUACGAAGUCUCCAAAUGUCCAGUGUGCACGCGAGACAUCACCACAAGCCCAGCUGCAGCAUCUUCAUCAAGUGCAAACUCAAAUCCGCAAAUCUUAGUCGAUUUGAACAACGAGGGUGGUUUGCAACAGCAAAUCGAUAUCUUCCCGCUAUUGCAGGAGGAAUCCUAUCUGAGAGCGUACCCUGAGGAUCGAAAGUGCAGAGCUUUUCUGGAGUUCUGCAGGGAGGGAGAUUUUCAUGCUAUUGCAGAUUUGCUGAAAAGCUGUGAUGAAAGCGCCGAGGAGGAUGAGGAGGACCUGAUUCCGGAGGCUGCGGGACCUAGCAAGCCUGUUGAAGACAUCCUUCGUUACCAGGACCCGAUCGGAGACAUGCAGUCUGGUCUUCACGCUGCGGCAGCGAGUGGCCAUCGAGAGGUGGCCUGGCUGUUACUCCUACUUGCCAGCGAAUACUCGGAAAUGGAGUUCCCAGCGUUGGUCUUCCAAGAAGCCGCAUCUCUAGGUCUCAUGCGCGAGGAACAGAGCGGCAAGGUCGAUAUUCGCAGUCUGAGAGACGCACACGAACGUUCAGCCGAGGACGUUGCACGAGAGAACGGUGUCAUUUGG